AUGCAGUCUGCUGCUGACAGCUUCGACCUUCGUCGGGACGAAUAUGCUCAGAAGCCCGAGUCUGACAACUAUCGCCGUACCAGGCCACGCGGCAACUCGAAUGAUGUCAGACCCAACAGCAUAUAUCAACAGAACCCCCCUGUCGAGAAUGCUGUCAAUCAUGCUUUCGAACGCUCUGAUGCAGCUGGUCAGUUGGAUCCAGCUCUCGUCGCUCAAAUCACCGAGCAGGUUAUGAACAACCUCAAGGCUUCUGGCAUUGGUCAACAGCAGCCACCACCCCUUCCAAUUCAUACUAGAUCUGCCCAUUCGAGAUCCCCGGCCGAGUCAGCCGCUUCGAUAAACUGUCCAUACACGCCGCCGUCUCCGACAAAAGACUCUGGCAGUUCCAGAUCAUCUCCUGAAACACCUAUGUUCCAUGCAGAUCCUCCAAACAGCAGUUACGAUUUUCCACCUCCUAACAGAAGUAGUAGCGAUGCGUCGCCUGUCUACGCCGAAAACCGCAAACCAAGACCUGCUCAUGCUCGUGCGCCCUCGACAUACGAAGAGACGGUCUUGGAAAAAGCCUGGCAACCUCUGUUUGUCUCGGGUCAGCCUACUCCACGAUUGAGCCAAUUCCUUCGAGGUCUUGCUCUGCACAUCAUCGAUGACUACGAGCCAAAAGGUAGUCUUGUCAUCUCGCCGGCAAAGAUGGUUCAGUUUUUCGACAACGUUAGGCUGUCCUCUGAGAUCUACCCUUGGCGAGAUAUCUUUGGAGGCCGCGUCACCUGCGAGUCCAUCUCGAGGGUCUAUCGUGAUCUGCGCUGCCAGCAUCACUUUAUUCAGCUGGGCAGUCAAUCUGUUCCAGAUAUCCCUGCCUUGACUCCAGAUGGCUUUGAUCAAUUCAUGACCGUUCUUAUCCAAGCACAUCCGACCAUCGAGUACCAACGACUCGCAAAGGCUGUUCUAGCCAUGCCAAUCAGUAACGCCGAUGACCCGAAAGAACGUUUUCCGAAAGAGCUCAGCCGCCGACUCAUCCCCAAGGAAGAGGAUAUCACACAGCAGCAACGAUUACAUGCUGCUCUGUCUGCCGAUCGUAACAUACAACUGCGCUCAAGCAAUCCCAUGCCUCCUCCCCCUCCUCAAACAAGAUCAGCCCAGACACAACAGUCUUCAACUCCAGCCUCUACCUCGACAUCCUUUACUGAGAGAGAACGUGCGCCCUACUCCAAUUAUGCACCUGCAAUCGAUGGGGAUGAUAAACGUACUGCUCCUGCUCCGAUCGAGCGUGAGCGGCAGCCUUACACCGCAAAGGAAGGCUCGGGGAAAGUGUACGAAGACGAUCGUCGAAACACUAGUCGACCAGAACCCGUAAAUCGUACCUCACGCGCCAACUCUGCUGCACCUCAGCCACAGUUCGUUCAAAGCAAACCUACCGAUAUACCUGCUACAGGGCAACGGCAUCAUCGUCUUUCUGCGACUGGACAGCGACCCAACUUUGGUACUCCUCCACCUUUGGGCUACCCUCCUAAUCCUUACACUCGUUCCGAGGGCACGAACAUUGGCGACGUCCCAUCUUCGCACUAUAGCUCCAACAUACACUCUGAUGACCGAGACCGAACGAGAUACUUUCGAAGAAAUGAUGAGUCUAGAGACUCGAAGCGUGCUUCCUGGUACCCCUCUCGUGGUUAUGAUUAUGAUGGGCAAUACGAUGACAAACCGAGACCCGCAGGUGGCACUGACGGAUACGGAAGCUACAAUGGCUAUCCUCCAAAUCAGAAGUACUAG